UCGGAAAGAAAAUGUGUGUGUUUAUUUUCCGCUAUUUUGAAGAGUUUCUUGUGUGCAUUUUUCAACUUCCGUAAAAAUUGAGGCCUCGGUAAGCUUGUCCAUCGAAUUGGGCGGCAAAAGUGUACGGGCAAACGCUCACCGAACGGCAAAAAACCCCACCGUAAGUGUGUACAAUUGGAUACAUUUGCCCUGCGGGGUACAGCGUACGGCACGCCGUUUGCCUUCAACACGGUUCGAUUUCCACCAUCAUCGCCAAAGCAUCACCUGGCGGCGUUGUUGUGUGUGGAGCUGACGAGUAAUCAGUUUUGUUCAAUUUUUGCAACAUUCAGAUUAUCCUUGUUUGUCGCGGUCGUGGCUGCUAACCUUAGCAAGGACGUUGUGGACCGUGUCUGGCGAUUACGUUUGGCUUCGCGUUUGUGGUUAACCGUGUGCGCCAUACUUUUCACCGAAUUAAUGGCUACGUGCAUUGGUGUGCAAAUGUUAUGAUCGAGUGUUUGCCCUUUGGUGUAGCGAGAUCGUGCGUGCGUGUGACAGUAACAUCGGUUCGGUGUGCAAAAUAAGGGCAUUAUCAUUUCGGAUGUUUCUCUGGCAUUGACAGCACCAAAAAGGGUAGCAGUGUACCGUAAAAAGGAAGAACCCAGCGCCAUUGUUCUUACGUACGAGCCAGCACCGCACGGGCGCAGCUUGUUGGCAGAUUGUAGUGGGAAAGUAAUCUCGCAGAAUAUCGCAGCCUGUGGUGCGUUUCCGCCGAAGAUUACAACGAAGUUCGCCACCAUAAUGGACUUUAAACAAAACGGGUCAGCUGCUGCAUCACAACAGCAGCCACAGCAACAACCACACGCUGGCGGUGUCCUGUACGGUAGUGAUGCACGCAACGGUAAUGCAUCUGUUCGGCUACAAUCGUUAAAGCAACACCAACCACUACCCAUGGCGACGGGAACGAAUGGUGCCCUGACGGGGAAUUCGUCGUCUAACGCACCACCACCAUUGCGCCGCAGGUGUCGCAGUGAAAGUCUUCCAAUGGCACCGCUGCUGUACGGUGUCGCGGAUCAACCAUCGCAACAAGGCAUUGGUCGAUCGAAAAAGAUUCUCCAAGGCACCGCGCACCAACCUAAUCUAAUUCACCAUAAGCAAAAGUUCCCCGGUACCGGUAGCACACCGAUGGCGCUUCAUGAUCAUCCCGUAUCGACCACACCGGGCGGCCUAUACAUCGAAUCAUUCUCCCUGCAACAACAACCUCAUCACGGUAAUCGCCGUGUACUGCCACUAGCGACCCACGAUCUACUACCGACGAUCGCAACGAACUCUUCGCAUGGAACCGCCACCAACAACGGCCAACUGCAGUCGAAGGAAAAUGUCGCACAAAAUCAUCUGUUCGGUGGUGGCGUUAAUGCGAAGGAUGUGUACACGAGCGAGCUGGAUGGGUUGCGGAAGGAUCGCCGGAAUGGUGGUUAUUACGUGCCAAACGAGUGUCAGUUCGAGUCCCGGUUUGCCCGUAAUCUAGAGGCGAACUUUGCAACCCGUGCGACCAUCCUGGAACGCAGUGGCAGAAAGCUACGGGCCCGUAGCGAAUCGGAACCACAGGAAUUUCUUUACCACAGUGCCCACAGAAGCGGUGGCUUUAGUGCCGGUAGUUGUAGUUUGCUUACGGGGCAGCGUACAUCCUUUUCCGGCCAUCAGCAGCGACACAGUCGAGAUCACACGCUGAAACGAACACGCGAUACUAUCUCGCCAACACUUGAGGCGGAUGAAUCGUUCGACAUGCUUACCGGAAACGAACAGCAGCGAGCCGGUGUCAGUGGAUCGUUAUCCACAUCGGUAGCGGUAAACUGUCAGAAAGAUUCGCCUCCUUCUAAAAUGGUGAAUGCCACGGAAGAGAUGGAUGUUAGCUUGGAUCAGGCGCUACCGUCCGGAAGGAUCGCGGCUUCGACCGUACAGCGUAAUAAAACUUCCAAAGGUUUAUCCGGUGCGGCUGCGGGACAGUUACGCUCGUCCAAGGUGACCGUACGCGCAAAUCGCGUUGGAAUCAACAGACUAAAGCCGAAACUCGCCAGCACACUGACCAGCACCGGCGUAGUCGGUACUGCGGUAGCAUCGGACACAAGUCGGAAAUCAGCCUCCCCACAACCGCAAGCACAGAAAGGAUCAACGUCCUCCUCGAUCAUCGGCAUAGUGCACAACACGGGAAGCUCAUCACCGACACCGUCCGGUGUUUCUAUCGGUACGAGCGGUGGGGAAUCGGUACAUACGCAAGAUCUCGACGCCGAAACGAUCGAUCAGUCCGAUGCGGGUGACGAUGAUGAAGAUCUGGACGAUGAGUGUAAUGGGGAGGAUGAUGAUCUCGAUGAUGAGAUCGCGAUCAGCGGUGAUGAGGUGCUAGACGACUCGCUGACCGAUUCGGAGGACAACUAUCGUUCGUAUCUUGCGGCGGCCUACCAGAAGCCAAAGUCACACUCCGGUUCACCGUCACCUUUGCUCGGUAGUAAAACACCGGUCGUUACGUCGAUUGGUAGCGUACUCGGUGGCCCGGCGCCGGAAGGCCCACUAGCACCCAGUUUGUUUCCUUUCGUUCCGCCGUAUCUUACGUUUGCGACACACGACGAGAAAGGACCACCGAUGCCACCAUCCAUUCACAAGGUGUUGAAGUGGAAGCUGACGCUUAUUACGCCGAUUGUUGUCCGCAAGGUGUUGCAAAACAGUGGUUUCCGUUUGUUGAAAAAAACGAACGAUUGGAUCGGUAUCUGGGGCCGGCACAUGAAGAGCACGCUGUUUAAAACGUUGCGACCGUAUCAAAAGUUUAACCAUCUGCCUGGAAGCUUCCAAAUUGGUCGAAAGGAUCGCAUGUGGCGCAAUUUGCAAACGCAGAUGAACCGCCACGGCAAGAAGGAAUUCGGUUUCAUGCCUCGUACCUACAUCAUACCUCAGGAUUUGAAGAUGUUGCGGCAGCUGUGGCCCCGGUACAAUCAGCGCAACUGCAAGUGGAUAAUUAAACCGCCAGCGUCGGCCCGCGGUACGGGUAUAAAGGUGGUAAAUCGCUGGUCUCAAAUUCCCAAGCGGAAGCCGUUGAUUGUGCAGCGGUACAUCGAGCGACCAUUACUAAUCAACGGUAGCAAGUUCGAUCUGCGGCUGUACGUGUUGGUAACCUCGAUGAACCCGCUGCGAGUGUAUAUGCACACGGACGGUUUGGCACGGUUCGCGUCGGUAAAGUACAGCGAAAAGUCGGAAACGCUGAACGAUCGUUACAUGCAUUUAACGAACUACAGUAUUAACAAACUGUCGAACAACUACAGCCAGAACGAGGAUGCCGACGCGUGCCAGGGCCAUAAGUGGACGAUCAAGUCGCUGUGGAGCUACUUUGCCGACCAAGGCAUCAAUGUGGAUCGGCUCUGGAGUGCGCUACGUAAUCUAGUCCUUCGGACGGUCCUUGCUGGGGAGUGUUCCAUACAUGCGAUGUCCAAGGUGAAUGUGGGUAGCAAAUACAAUUGCUACGAACUGUUUGGCAUCGACGUACUGCUUGAUUCUGAGCUAGUGCCGUGGUUGCUAGAGGUGAACAUUUCACCUUCGCUACAUUCAGCAUCUUCGCUCGAUCUGUGCGUUAAAGGACCACUAGUAAAGGCAUUAUUUAACACCGUUAUGUAUCAGGUUCCUCCAAGAAUACCGAUGGCGGAACAGAAAGAGAUACUAAAAGAGCAAGGACUGGACGGUCCACUCUGUUUCGAUAAGCGCAUCUACACGACCGGAUUGUCGAAGACCGAAAGACUGAAACAUAAUCAAUUCAUCCAGAAAGACUUGUCGCGGGAAGAUUAUCUUAAUUCAAUAUUAGAAGAAUUAACGCCUGAUGAUGUGCGAUGUUUGCUGCUGACAGAGGACGAACUGGCGCGUAGUGCACCGCUGGAAAGGAUUCUUCCUGCACCGAACAGCUAUCGCUACAUUGGAUUUACCGAACAUCCUCGGUACUACAAUCGUUUACUAGAUGCUUGGGAACAUCGGUACAGCCAGAAUCGAUCGGAAGGAAUUGCCCUGUUACAGUCACUCUGUGAACGUAAAGUGCAUCUACAGGUACCGCCCAGCACGCUAAAGAAGGACUGCAACAAUAAACCACAAACAGAUAGUACAAACAGCGAGAACGGUUCUCAGGACAGUGGCGUCCAUACGGAUCAAACCAGUCUGUCAGAGCUACCAUCGCAAGAGUCCUCAUCCAUGUAUCAGUCGCAGGAAUCGAUCGACCAGCUACCUGAGGAUACGCCACGCCGUAAGGCCACCAUCAACACCGGCAAUGGCACGAACGAACCAACAAUGAAUGACGAUUCGAUCGUUGUCACCGCUCAGCCUAUUGUAAUCCGUGCCAUUUAUCCGCCGGGCAGUGAUAAUCUGUUGACCACCCAAACGAUAGAGGUUCCGGUGACGGUCGCCCCAACCGCAGACCAUACUACUACUGCUGUCGGCCAACCUAUGACUGAUACGACGGCAGGCGGAGAAGAUUCUAAAGCAGCGUCAGCCGUGCUUGACGAUGGUGACAACAUUCGGCUGGAAGACAAAAUUAAACUUAUCCUAGAUGACGCGUUGCUGCUGAAGCAACAAGAAUGCGGAGGUGAUACCGAAAAUACGAUCAUAGUGCAGGAAUAGUACUACCAGAGAGCGUAGUAGUAACGAUGGUGUUAAUGUUGGUAGCAGAUUCGUUGGUAUUUUAUCCUUAAGUUCGAAGGAACUAUUUUGCAUGCUUGUUAAACUACAUUCUGUGUUCAAAGCUAAUAUGCUCCCCGUAUACCUCUGCUGUUUUUUUUUUUUUGCUGUUUUGGUACGUGUUGUUAACACACGAUGCUUGUGAACGGUAUUUCUUUUCUUGAUAACGGCAGAUGUAAACUUUGUGAUCCGAACUGUGGGUCUUUCUGUGUAGCAUGAAUCUGCCUAUAAACUUUAAUGUAUGAGUUUGCUAUACAAAACAAAACUUUUCGUUAUAAGCGGUAAAGUGAUUCAAAUUCAAUGAAUGAAACGAAUGAAGAGCGUAAAUUUGUUCGGUGCACAUUUAUGUUAGGCGCCGGGCAAACACAUCUGAUUAGGCUAAAUAAAAUCGUAAAAUAAUGCGCACUGGUAAGUGCAUCACCAUAAUGUGUUGAAUAUGCGUGUAGUAGUGGAAGCGAAUGACGAAGGUCGUUAAAAGUUCGGAUUAAGUAAAUUGUCCCAAAUGAAGGAAAAGUAACAAUUAAGUCGCAAGUGUGCGUGGAACGAGUGACAUUUUUAUUCCCGUACCCAAGUGGCGGAACGGUUGAAGGAAUUGCUCCUCCGUACAAUGAUUCUAGAAAUGCGCGUGUGUUAGACCGCCGUGCGAAAUAUAGAAACGAGAGAAAUAGGUUGAAUUUCAACACGGAACGCAAACACAAAAGUCAACAAAGUAAAGACACGAAAUGUAAUACUUGAUUUAUGUGGUGAGUGAUUGGAAACAUGAUUAAAAAAAGAAAAUGUU